AUGCUCCAGAAUGUCAUCGACGGUGAGGAGUCCGGGGGACGGCUGGACACACACGGCGAAUUUCUACACGUGCUUCUCUGUGUGCAUGCAGAUCUCCGUCGUUCGACGGACAGAGAGCGACGGCAAUACGAUAAGCGCAUCGAGGAGCUCGAGGCGCAAAGAGACGACUACAAGAGAGAGAGGGACGCCUACAGACGUGAGCGAGACGCUGCAUUCGACAAGCUCAGAGAACUUGAGGCCAAGAUUGCUGCCGAUGAGCAGGCGCACAGCAACGUGGCUCGGACAGUUGUGCACGACGGCGGCCUCUACCACGGCUCCAUCCGCAAAGUGGGCGGCACCGAGGUGCCCCACGGGACGGGGCUGCUGCGAUCGCUGGACGGCGAGAGAAAGCGCUAUGAGGGCGAGUGGAAGGACGGCAAGCACCACGGCAAGGGCAAAGAGUUCAGCCAAGACAGAGCCGUCUAUGAGGGCGAUUUCGUGGAUGGCAAGCGAGAAGGUCACGGUGAGGAGUUCAUCAACGGCAAGGUGACCUACAGGGGCGUGUGGGUCAGAGGGGAGAAGAAGGGAGCUGUCGUGGCGACGGGCAUGUGGUGGGAGGGCCAUUUCUAUCAUGGUCCCACACUCGAUGGCAGACCUCACGGCGAGGGGGAGCUGCGGGACCACCAUGACAAGAUCGUCUAUAAGGGUCAAUGGACUAGCGGCCGUGGCCAAGGCGAGGAGUUCGACUCACAGGGCCGGGUGAUUUACAGGGGCGAGUGGGCGGACGGCAAGCGGCACGGUCGUGGAAAGGCACUCGACGAUGCAGGAAGGGCUACCUAUGAGGGCGAGUGGACGGACGGCAAGCGACACGGACAGGGCAAGGCCUACUACAACAUCGGUUAUGGUCCUGUGUUGUGGUUCGAUGGCGAAUGGCGAGAGGGCCUGGCCCACAGCGGCACCCUCUUCCCUGACGGUGACCGCUGCGGACUGAAGAAUGCCGACGGCAUCCCUCGCUAUCCCAUCACACCCAUUCGAUGGCAGGCCGGACAGAAGAUACCCAACACCAAGCUGCCUCCCAGCACAUAUGAAUUGCAUCACUUGCUGCAGAGUCAGGGUCUGUCGGGGUAUUUCCCUGCUGGUGCACUGUGA